GUCUGUUUUUCGACGACUUGUCCUCAUCGACUAGCCCGACUUAGCACUCCAUAACUCAGACCGGUAUAUAGCUACUCGACAUAGAAUCGGUAAUAAUGUCGGACCACUCGAGCGCUCUGCACGGAGAUGGGCAGGACCUGCUUUCGGCUGCCCUCUCUGAUGCCUUCUCUCCGACUGAACUUCCGCGUCAAUACGCUACCCCGCCCGUAACGCCUGCAACGGCUAACCCGUCCAUUCCUCUGCCACUCUCACCCACUGACCCAACUUCACCGUCCACUCCAACCUCUCCCACAUCCUCCUUCAAACCUUCCCCAGAGAACACACCUCCACCCCCGCCUGCGAAUGACCCGCCUCCAUCCACCGCUUCAGCAGAGGAAUACGAAGCCUGGAAAGCGGCGUACGAGAAACAGGUAGAGGAAUGGAAGCAGGAAAGUAGGGAGAAAAGGGAAAAGGCUAGAGAGGAAAGGGAACGAUGGGAGAAGAAGAGAGAGAGAGAACGACAGGAGAUGGAGAGGCUCAGAGAGGAGAUGGUGAGGAGUCAGGGGAGCGAGAGUUUGAGCUGGUCUAAUAUUGAGAUCGGAGGGAGUGGUGUGGCGAGCCCUAUGCCCGGAGAGGCUGAGCUGGGUGAAGGCGAGAAAGCUAGAGAGGAAUUGGCAAAAAGGGCGGAGGAGGCCAUGAGACUCGUGCAGGACGACAGUGGAGAGACGAGUGUAGUGGAUGGGAGGGCAUUGGUCCCCGGUGAGGCGGAGGGUAAACAUUCCAUCGAGUUCCUCGAGCGUGCCCUCCCUCGUGUCGGCCCCGUACACACCACCGUCGCCAUCCAAACCACCGACCUCACACCCCCGACGGCUCCCGUACAAGAAGGACAUACCGAAGAACCCUCACACGGCUCCAGCUCUCCUCACUGGGAAGACGUUCCCUCAGACAUGGACUCUUCAUUCCCCUCGAUGUCCUUCCCUGACGCCUCACGCUCGCACUCAGAAACACCCUCUCAUCCUAAUAACAAUUCGCAGCCUCCUCACCACCAGCACCAUACCGCGGAGUCCUCCCAUGCCCACCACGAACAUCACGCAAUCGACGACCACAAACAUCACGCCCGUACAGCCGCCACCGCCGACGCCCACACCACCGCUACGCUCGCCAUCUUCGACAGCACUUUGUCUACCAAGACGAGGGUCUGGGCCUUCGCGAGUGCGUUGGCUAUCAACAUGUUCUUGCCGUUCGUCAAUGGGGUUAUGCUCGGCUUUGGAGAGUUGGUGGCGAAGGAGAUUAUAGCGCCGUGGUUCGGGUGGAGGCCGGCUGUGACGAGGGUCGGGUUGAGCGGUACUGCGGGUGGAGGUGUAGCCGCAGAUAGGAGUAGGGAGAGGGAGAGGGAGAGGGAGAAGAAUGCCACGAGGCAGAGGACGGGGAGGGAGUUGUAGAGUGAAGGACGAUAUAAAUUAUCUCGUUGAUUCGCUGUCGAGACGGCCGACUGGGCUGAGAGGGUAGAGCAGAAUGGUAGAAUUU